AUGGCGAUUACCGAAUACCUGUUCAAAUCCAUGGACGGUGCUAACGAGGGAACUUUGAGUAUCAAAAGAGCCAAACUGGUAGGCCGAAGCAAGCAAACCGAAAUCGCCAAUCAGCUACAGCUGAGUCACUACAUAGACAAAUCACCUGGAUUACAGGAGAAUUUCAAACGAUACGACCAAUUCUUGGAAGCGAUAAUUGGUGCAGUGUAUGCAGAUGCUGGAUUCGGUGGACAAGGACUUGAUGCGGCAAAAUUAGUUGUUUACAAAUUGUGGAAACUUCAGCCAACUAAUACCAAUGUUGAAACGAAUUGUACUGUCAUGUAA